AUGACAAACGCACCCAACCGAUUCGACCUCUUUAUUCUCGGUCCAGACGAGAAGCGUGUCGAGAUCGUCGAAGACACCAAGAUCCCCAACGCUGCCACCUUUUGGUUCAACAAAGAAGAUCACACCCUCGGCAACAUGUUGCGUCACGCAGUUCUUGCAAAUCCUGCAGUGCUGUUUUGCGGAUACAAAGUACCACAUCCUUUGGAACCAAAAGUGUUUGUCAAGAUCCAGACUGACGGAUCAAUAACACCGACAGACGCACUGAAGCAGGGUUGUCAGAAGUUAAUCGCUCAGAUCAGCUCACUGAAGGGUGCGUGGAGAACAGAGGUGCAGAUGAGUGGUGCAGGGACAGUCGAUGUUGGCGGGUUUGGAAGACAAGAUCCGUUCAAUUCGACUCGUCAAGGUUACGGUACCGGUGCGGAUGGGGCUAGUGGAUACGUUGACAUCUAA